AUGUGCGGGAUGGGAGAGGAGAGGUUGCCGAGAAUCGUAUGGGAGGCGAAGUGGACAAACAAAAAGAGGAGUAGACAACCCACCGAAUGGGUCAAGGUUGUAGAGGACGUAUGGAAGGGGCUCGACAUCGACGAAGAUGAAACGCUGGAAACGGAGGGUCUACAGGGGUUCAAGGAGAAGAUAUCUGUUGCUUGUGCCGACAGAGAAGAACAGAAUCUAAGGAAGGAAACCAAGGAUACGGAGGGUCUAGAAGUGUACGGAAUGUUGAAGGAAGGAAUAGGGUUCAAGGACUACCUACAUGGACCAAUGGAUGCAGGAACAAAGCUUAAGGUCAAAUUCAGGACCGGGGACAUAGGCCUUCGAGAACGUCGACGAAGACAUAGGACGGUAGACGAGGAAGACGACGAGUUCAAAUGUGAUUGCGGCUUCGAAUGCGAAGACCGUGUUCAUGUAGUCGCGGAAUGUCCGUGGUACAAGAAGGAGAGGGAAGUGUACGUGACUGAGCUGGGAAAAAUAGAUGGAACGUACAGGGAGAUGUUUGAGGCAUGGAAUAGAGAGGAAAGGACGGUAGCUGUAGUGGGGCAUAGGAGGUGGUUUGAAAAGGCGAGAAGGGAUAUCGGUAGGAUAGGUAGACUAGGGAAGACAUUUUUGAGCCACCUUUGGCA